UACGCGAUUAAAUUCUAUAGUUUUCAUUUCCUGUGUAGUUAAGCGGGUUUUGCGUUUCACAGUAUGCCAACGAAGCAUUCGUGGGAAUUACAAUACGAAAAUCGGUGGUUCCCAACCGAUCUGGAAUUUAGCCUACAGCUACAGCUAUUUAAGGAUUGUAGUAGUUCGAGUUGUUUGUCUGAGGUGAGCAAGUGUGCUCUGCAUGCAAGUGUAUCUGUUUACUCCACGAACAAAAUGCUCUCUUUCAUAAAUAGUUAUCUCAAUUACAUUGGGCCCAGUUUGAGAAAAAUGAGCGAAUACUGGUCGCAGUUGUUGGUGAAAAUCGCAGUGUUAUUUCAACUAAUUCGCGCGCCCAAUAAAAUAAUUCCAAAAAGCGUAAAUUAUCAUUUUACCCGCCAGUGUAACUACAGCUGUGGCUUUUGCUUUCAUACGGCUAAAACCUCUUUUGUGAUGCCGCUGAACGAGGCAAAAAAGGGACUUGCCAUGCUCAAACAAGCGGGUAUGGAAAAAAUUAACUUCAGUGGCGGAGAACCGUUUCUGCCACGACGUGGACAUUACCUAGGAGAAAUGGCACGAUAUUGUAAAGAGUUUUUGAAGUUAUCAUCUGUAUCCAUUGUCUCAAACGGGUCAAUGAUUACGGAAAAUUGGUUUAAAUGCUACAGUCGAUAUGUGGAUAUAUUGGCCAUAUCAUGCGAUUCUUUCCAUGAAGACAUCAACAAGGCGAUUGGUAGAGGUCAGGGCAACAAGAAUCACAUAGAGAAGCUGAAAAAAAUCAGGGAUUGGUGUCUCGAGUACGACAUUCUGCUGAAAAUCAACACGGUGGUAAACACGUACAACCAGGAGGAGAAUAUGAUGGAUGAAAUUAACCUGCUGAACCCCAUAAGAUGGAAGGUGUUCCAAUGUCUGCUCCUUGAGGGCGAAAACGCUGGACCGGAAGCUCUAAAAGACGCUCAAAGGUUCUAUAUCGACGCGGAAACUUUCGAGCGUUUUAUUUCCAGACACCAAUCCGUUAAGUCUUUGGUGCCCGAAUCCAAUGCAAAAAUGCAAAACAGCUACUUGAUUCUAGACGAAUACAUGCGCUUUCUGGACUGUCGGGAUGGAGCAAAAGUUCCUUCAAAGUCCAUUUUGGACAUUGGAGUCGAAAACGCCUUGCAAUUUUCCGGAUUUGACGAGGAAAUGUUUAAGAAACGGGGUGGCAUUUAUAAAUGGUCCAAAGAACCCGACCGACUAUCCUGGUGACCAAAUGGAUUCUAUUCUAGAAUUCAUGCAUUCCUAUUUUGGUAUAAAGUAUUUCUGUCACCGGUCUUAAUUAUCGCUACGGAAUUGAUUUACCUGAUUAUAUUUAUUGGUUAUAAUAAAACUAUUUUUAAAUAA